AUGGCGGAAACAGCAGAAUCGGCGAACGGGCCUGGGGAAUCGCCCAAACAAGCAGCUUCAUCGACCGAACAGCCCGCUGCCGAGACGGUUCCGGAUCAGACACCCAGGCCUCCUGCAGAAAAUGCCCCUGAGACCACACCUCAGCCAAUGCCCGAACAAACUCCUCAAGCGGCGGCCGAACAGCCUACGGAGACCAGCAGCUCUGCUCCGGUACAAGCACUACCAGCCUUCGACACGUCGCUUCCUCCAAUUGACAAGUCCAUGCCGGCCGUCGACACGACUCUGCCCCCAAUGGAUACGUCUUUACCUAGCCUGGAUUCUACACUGCCACCACUGGACUCGAACGUGCCAUCUUUGCCUCCAAUCGAUACAUCUCUUCCACCACUUGACACGACUUUGCCUGCUGCAGAGGCCAAUUUCUUGCUUUCAGGUACACGAGCAUCCAACCCAGAACCUGCUGCUUCAGAGUCGACUGGCAUGGUAUCCGGGGCAUCUGAGCAUCUCACAUCCCACCAGUCAGGCUACGCUUCCGCUGAAACGGCACCCUAUCAAUAUUCGAAUGGGACGUAUCAAUCGCAACCCGCUCAACAGCCGCAUCAGGCGUCGCCACCGCAACAACAACAAGAUUUGCACUAUCAGCAGCAGCAUCAGUCGUCGCAACAGUAUGCGCAGCCGCAGCCGCAGCAUUCUCAGCCAACACAUCAGCAAUACCAGCAACAGAAUCAUGAUGUGUACCAGAAUCAUCAACCCGCAUCAUCGCAGAUGAACGCUCCGCCACAGCCAUCCCAUAUUCCUCAGGCUCCCAUUGGGUCACCCAUGCCCUCGAACAUGCCCCCAAUGGCUUCUGUAGGCCAAUAUAUGACAGGAUAUCCCUCCAAUGUAUCACAAAUGGGUAUGAAUUCGAACGCGCAGAUGCGCUACCAGCUCCCUGGCGACUCGAACAAAAUGCUCUCUGGCGGAAGGCAUAAGAAGGAAGUUAAGCGGAGAACGAAGACCGGAUGUCUAACGUGCCGAAAGCGCAGAAUCAAGUGUGACGAAGGACACCCUGUUUGCAGAAAUUGCGUCAAGAGCAAGCGUGAAUGUUUAGGUUACGACCCUGUCUUUAGACCGCAGGCGUCGACACCCUCUGCAAUUCAACCUGCUCCCAAUCCUGCUCCUUCACUCGUCGUCAAUCCACAGGAUCCAACGCCUUCCUAUCCCUCGGCGCCCCCUGGUUACGUGCCUGCGGCAUCCCAGCCUUUCGCUCCCUCUCUUCAUUCAGAAUCGCCAUCUACAUCCACCGACCAACAAUACGACUACGGCGCUUCUUCCGCUGACCCUUCGUUGGGGGGAAACAACUCUACUAAUAUGGCCAGCACCCAGAAUGUCACCCAGGGAGGACUGCAGCCGACCCUCAAUGCGACAAAUGCCGCUGUCACUCCGUCGGAAACUUCCAGCUACAAAGUACAUACUCACCCAGAAGCAGUGAAACGAGUUCAGAUUAGCGAUCUACUGGCGCUGAGAGGCAUUCCUCCUCCGCCCCCUCAUCCUAUCACAUCUCUCCCCCCGAACCGUCUCGAAGAAAUUAAGGCCGUGUUCCUCGCUACAUACGCUCCCGCCAUUGAUAGAUUUUUUGAGACUCGCUGGUUUUCGGAGAAAGCUCUCGGCCACUUGUUGGCGAAUGCGCAGCUGAUGGCCGAGUACUCUGCUCUUAUUGAUGCAUUUAACGAUCGGAACCUCAGCGAUCCCAACGUCGUUGCACAGCUGGAGAGCUUUGAGGCAUCCGUCGUUUGGAGUACCAUGACAUUGUGCCGUCAUGUGAUGAAUGUGUCGAACGGCAGCCAUGGAAAGGAUUUCGAGCUGUUGGCUACCGCGUCCAGGCUGGAUGUGAUUGAAGCUCUGAUAACUGGCGAGCAUAUGGAGAGAAACCCACUGGCCCAAUGGCCAGUUCCAGAACCGGCAGCUGAUCCACCCACUCUUCCUGAUCAACUGAUGCGAAGAGCAUUGGACUUUUGGAGUUCGAUCGGUCACUUCUUGACUCUCCACGACAACGAAGCUAGCUCUGCAAAAGAAAUUGAUGAUACUCUGGCUCGUUGCAGAACGCUAUUGGACACCUAUGAGAAUCGCGAUGUGAUUUAUUCCAUUGCUAUUGCCCGCCACAUUGGACAGCGCUGGGCAGACUUCCCGCACAGCCUCCCUCAGCAUGUCACCACCAACGAAAAGGAUGCGGGAGCCAAGCUAUAUGUAGCGCAGAAAUUCCUUGAGCAAGAAGCCAGCGGCAAGGGCACCACCCAGGUCGUUAAGCGCAUUUGCGGCAUGGUUGUGCGGUCCUGGUACGUUUCCCGGGAGUAG